AUGAGGCUUGACACAAAACAACUUCGAUACUUAACGCCUGAAGAUUGGAGGACUCUGACUGCUGUCGAAACUGGCUCUAAGAACCAUGAAGUUGUCCCCACGCAAUUGAUAGGACAGAUCUCCGGUCUAAGAUCUGGGGUGCAUCGGAGUAUCUCAUCUCUCGCAAAGGUUGGGCUCAUAGCGCGAAUGAAAAACGCGAAAUAUGAUGGGUACCGCUUAACAUAUGGUGGACUUGACUACCUGGCACUGAACACCUAUCGAAAGCGCAAAGACCUUUACAGCGUGGGAAAUCAGAUCGGUGUGGGCAAAGAGAGUGAUAUAUUUGUCGUUGCAAACGAAGAAGGUGCGCAAAUGGUACUGAAAAUACACAGACUAGGCCGAAUAUCCUUCCGAACGGUCAAGACAAAUCGAGACUAUCUAAAGAAUCAAACAUCAGGAUCUUGGAUGUACUUGUCAAGACUUGCAGCUUUAAAAGAAUAUACAUUUAUGAAAGCGCUCCGAGAGAAUGGGUUUCCAGUGCCAGAGCCAUUAGCUCAAUCACGACACACAAUAGUGAUGUCAUUGAUUGAUGCCUUUCCCAUGCGACAAAUAUCUUCGGUACCUAACCCAGCUCAUCUUUAUGCUGAAUUAAUUUCCAUGAUUAUGCGACUAGCACAGUACGGCCUUAUUCAUGGGGACUUUAAUGAGUUUAAUAUCCUUAUCAAGGAAGAAACGAUUAAAGUUACGGAAAAUGGGGUUACCAACGCAUCUAUUUUACUGACGCCAAUACUCAUAGACUUCCCGCAGAUGGUCUCCGUAGAUCACACAAACGCUGAAUAUUACUUUGAUCGCGAUGUUAAUUGCAUCAAGCGUUUCUUUGAACGCCGUUAUCACUUCACAAGUGAUGAAAAGGGGCCAUCCUUUGCAGAAGCUCGUAAGCUGAUAGGGAAAGACGGAGCGAUUCGACUGGACGUUUCAGUAGCUGCUUCCGGUUUCUCGAAAAAAAUGGCCAAGGAGCUAGAAAAUUACAUGUCUGUGGUAGGUCAAGAUGGUCAAAAUGGUGAAAAUAGUGAACCCGAAUACUCUAACGAAGACGAAGACUCUGAAGAGAGCGGUGUGGAUGAUACAGAGAAUGUGGACUCCAUGAUAGAAUGUGAAGGUACACUUUGA